AUUUUUAUACAGUUUUAUUUGUUAAAUUACUCUUGUGCUGUAAUUAAUUGGCAGAGUCAGAGUGCGGUGGCAUUGAUCGAAGCGGAGGUGCCAAAACAUAUAGUCAGCUUUUCCCGCCACAGCAUCUUCACUCUCUCCCCCAAUUUUCUCACCAACCAAACAACGGAUAACUUUGGGUUUUUUUCCCUCUCCAAAACCCACCCGAGCAUUUCGCGUCUCUUUCUCUUCUCCCCAUCACUGAGGUUAGCCUUACGCCUCUUUCGUUUUCGAUGUAAGAUGGCAAAUUCCGGUGAAGAUUUCUCUCAAUUCGAAAUAUCAAAAGAGGAAAAAGACAAGCUUGUUGCGGAAGUAAUUCGUUACAUACUGUUUAAAACACACCAGAACUCAGGAUGUGCAAUUAAAAGGGAAGAGCUUUCUCAAUUGGUUACUAAAAACUAUCGUCACCGUUCACUUCCUGCUUUUGUUAUUAAUGAGGCUAAAGACAAACUCUCCACCAUUUUUGGUUAUGAAUUGAGGGAACUUCAAAGAUCUCGUCCUUCUUCGACAAACCAUGCCCGAUUAUCUCAACAGAGUGGGGCUGAUGCCAAAUCUUAUGUUAUCAUAAGCCAGUUACCAGCUGAGGUGUAUAGGAAAUAUGUUGAGGAUGUGAAUACAUCUCACUUGACUGGUUUUACUUUCGUUGUGAUUAGUAUUGUGCACCUUGCAGGAGGCAAAAUCGCGGAAGAAAAUCUUUGGCAUCAUUUGAAGCGAAUGGGAUUGCAUGCAACUGAUGAAAACCAUCCAGUACUCGGGAAUGUUAAGCAGGUAGUUGAGACACUUGUCCAGCAAAGAUAUCUGCAGAAAGACAAGGUUAUCGGCCCUGAAGGCAAUACUUUGUUUUAUGAGCUUGCUGAGAGAGCUCUUGAUGGACCAGUGUGUGAGAGAAUUAAGCAAUACAUAUCACAGGGAAGUCUUUUCUUGGCAGAUUGUGAAGAAAGAUAUUGCCACCAUGGAUACAUAAAGCCUUAAUGCUAGCUAUUCCCGAGCAAAUGGAGGUACAUGUUCCAUGGCCGACUCAUCAUUGAGUGAAGCUCAGUUCCUCAUAUUGGAUGUUAUUUUCGUGCAGAAGGUGUGGGAGCCUUUCAAGGUGCUGAUGCUUUUGGUGUGGUUUUGUUCAUUGUUAGCCAGGCAUACUCCUGCCAUUUAUGUAACACUGGGCGGGGGUUUUUAAAGUUUCUGGCUUCUUUAUCUGGCCAACAGUUGAUACUGCUAGUACUGUUUCAUUUUGGUUAUACAUUUAUCUGUGUUGUCUCAUAGUCAUAGCCCUUAAUCUCAUUUUGAUAAAAUUAAUUGUACCCAGUAAAACAUUAAUACAACACAUUCGUAAGUGUGUAAAACAUACUGCUGAUACCAUAGCAUUUACCUUCUUUAUCCGUAGUAGGAUUUUUGCUUCA